AGGACAUCAAAAGAAAAUCUGAUCCUUGAAGCCGCCAUCAAGCAAUAUGGAUCCCUUGCCCCAAGAAGAUACAGCUAUUCCGAUAUCAAGAGAAUGACUAACUCCUUUAAAGAUAAACUCGGCGAAGGUGGAUAUGGGAAAGUUUACAAAGGAAAUCUUUUUGCCGGCCGUCCUGUUGCAGUAAAGAUUCUGAAUACAUCCAAAGGAAGUGGAGAGGAAUUCAUCAAUGAGGUCGCAAGCAUUAGCAGAACAUCCCAUGUUAACAUUGUUGCUUUAUUAGGAUUCUGCUUUGAAGGUCAGAAAAGGGCUCUCAUCUAUGAAUUCAUGCCUAAUGGAUCUUUGGAGAGAUAUAUACAUGGUGAAACAACGUCAAAGACUGAUGGUCACCUGGGAUGGGCAAAACUUUAUCAAAUUGCAUUGGGGAUAGCUCGAGGACUUGAAUACCUGCAUAGAGGGUGCACCAUGCGGAUUUUGCACUUUGACAUUAAACCUCACAAUAUACUUCUUGAUGACGACUUUUGUCCUAAAAUUUCUGAUUUUGGUUUGGCAAAGCUGUGCUCCAGGAAAGAAAGUGUCGUGUCAAUGCUAGAAGCGAGGGGAACGGUUGGUUAUAUUGCCCCAGAAGUAAUCUGUAGAAACUUUGGAGUUGUUUCGCCCAAGUCCGAUGUCUACAGCUAUGGAAUGAUGCUUAUGGAAAUGGUUGGAGGAAGAAAGAACGUCAGUGUUAAAGCAAGUCAUACAAGUGAAAUAUACUUUCCUCACUGGGCGUAUCAGCAUAUGAUACUUGAAAAGGACUUCAAAUUGAAAGGUGUAAUGACUCCUGAAGAAGAUGAAAUUGCACGAAAGAUGGUCCUAGUGGGUUUAUGGUGCAUACAGGCUGAUCCAUCGCAAAGACCAGCAGUAAGCAAGGUGAUAGAAAUGCUGGAAGGUAGCUUGGAGGCCUUGGAGUUCCCUCCAAAACCCUUCUUUGGUUCUCCUUCAAGAUCACCAGAGACCAGCCGAUCUAGUCCGAGUUUAAAAUCAUAUAGUUCUGCUACUAUGAAUCCAUUGAACACUUGUUCUUUCUCUGUCCUUUUACAGCCUCUGUUUGGUCGUGUGUUCUGA